AUGAACUCGAAGAAACCUUCCCACCUCACUCUUUACAUUCCAGGACCCAUGAAGAUGGAGAGAGCUCAGGAUUUAGGUUCCCAAACCACAUCCGAUUUCGAUCAUCGUUCUCCUACCAGUCGAGUUUCGGCCAGCGUGAUCCUCACCCUAGAUUUCUUACUUAUCUCAGUCUUAUGCCUCACUUUUAGUAACUCGUCUCAUAUCUUCAAUUCAACCAGUUUAAGUACCAUCACAAGUGAAAGGAACGGAUGUCAAGCAUAUGAAAAUCUCACACCUUGGUCUUCUCAAAGCCAGUAUUGGUUGAUGUGGUAUGCUUGGUUUAAGAUGGCUAGUGGAGUGAUUAUCUUGAAUCGAGGUUUACCAACUCGUCAAGGUUGGAUAAAAGUAUCCUCAACCAACUAUUUAAUUUUCUCUAUCUUUAUCAGUCUCUUAGGAUUUGUUGCUUUACAAGUCAAUCGAUUACUUCCAUCUGCUUUAAACAAUCAAGAAGGAUUCUUAAUUCAAUUAACCGAAACUUUUCUUUGUUCAAUUAUCUCUUUAUUCUUUUUGGCUAUUCCUGGAUUUUGUGCUUAUUGGGCUCUUUCAGGUAUUCUUCAUGAGAUUUGUAGACUUUCGGUUUGUUGUUUUGGUUCUUCGAAAUCUUAUGAUGAUCAGGAUCUAGAAGUUUGUUCUGAACCUUAUGAUCAACUUCCAGCUUAUUACGUUUGA